AUGGCAGCGACGAUGAUGAUGUCCAGGGACGACCAAGUCUCCCCUAUGGACAAGACAAGGGACGUUUCGCCUCAUGGCAAUGUGCCUCUGCAGCAACAGAAAGGAGACAUGAAGACAAAUGGAUAUGCCUCAUCAUCCUCACGGACCAAGCAGGAGAGCAGCAUAAUCAACGACGGGGAGUUACCGCCGGUACCGACAGGGCCACUUCGUGUCAACACUGGCUCCAAGCUUGAUCUACCACCUGCCAUUCAGUUUCCGCCGCCUUCGCCGGGCGCAUUUCCUUUCCACGCCAGCCCCGGCUCUACAGGACCUUCGCCGACGACAUCCGCUUUCCCGCCGUCUGGCAUGCGGAAUGGGAGCGAUCAUGAAGCGUCGCCGGGAGGGCUAGGGAGGAGGAGAGUUCCAGUCCCAGGCAGCGCCACGCCAACAGAGCGACGAAGUGUGCAGUUUGAUCGAGGCACGAAAGAAGAGGCAGGCCCGACACCUCUGGCCAAAAGCGCAACGAUAGAAGGCGACGAGCAGCAGGAGGAUCAACUCGACUUCAAGGACAGGCAGGGCUCAGGUUCUUUCUUCAUGAAACUCCGAUCACUGGCACAUCCACCUGGUGGUUUUGGUGGGCACGGGCGAAAUGGAAGCACUGCUACAGGAGUCUCCACGCCAAAUGCUGCGCUAUCUCCACAAUCCGAGCGGAGCGAGCCCAUGUACCAUAUACCGACCGAAGCAGUGGAGUCUGGAACGGACGCCGACCAAGAUUCUUCUGAGGCCGAGCAGGUGGACGGCCUCCGGCCAAAGAGACGACGAAAGAGCAGGAGGCCGGGUCACAGUGGUGGAGACUCUCAGCCAACAACACCCAGGCAGUCCCGGUUCGCAUCCUUCAUGCGUGAGCACUCAAUGGCAGUAGCCUCCAGUAGUCGACCACCCGCAUCCAGGAGAGCAACCUUCUCGGAGGCGGACGAGGAUGGCAGAGCUGGCAUGUCAGAAGAUGAGGGCAGGGACAAGAUACGUACCGCCUGGCGGAGAGGUCUUGAGCACGCUCGCGGGCUAAGCUACGCUCAAAAGACUGAAGGACAGGACAUCACCGAGAGCAAGCGACCUGGAGCCUUCCGCCGAGUCACAGGCAUUGGUGGAACGGAUAGUAACAGUUCACCAUUUCGACAAGGCGCAGUCAGGCAACAGAGCUCAAGUGCUCAGAAAUGGCGACAGGUGAAGGCUGGUUUGAAAAUGCUUGGUCAACGGAAAACGAACGAGCGAACGAAGGUGGACCAUCAGAAAUCGGCUCAGCUGAUGGCUGAACUACUUGCUGGAGCACCUGCAGCGCUCAUCUUCGCAAGCAUGUUCCAACGAGACCAGAAUGAGCAUCGAAAGGUUCCCGUUCUACUAGAGCAAUUGAAGAUCACCAUACCGGAAGUCAAGGCCAAGACCGAUGGUAAGGAUGGAGACAGAGACUACAUCUAUCGGAUUGAUCUUGAGUAUGGGAAUGGACCAGCACGAAUGCAAUGGACCAUUUACCGAUCGGUCGGAGAUUUCGUUCAAUUGCAUUAUAAAUACAAGGCUCGGAACGUGACUGAGAAGACGAAGCACUUCAUGCAUAGCGACAAGAUGAAGGCAAAACAGCCGCGCUUCCCCAGGAGUGUGGUGCCCAUCGCACGAAGCAUGCGAGGGCUUAUGGAUCAGCUUCAGGAUGAUGUAGAGGAGGCAGAAGUGCAAACACCAGCGACGCCUGGCUAUCUGGACGCCGAGACCGAAGCUAAUACCAACGCGAAUAAACCUAUCGGCCAUAGGAGGGCCAACUCGUCGUUCUUUGCGCCUAGAAGGCAAAGCACCGGUGAAAUCGGCAAUACAUCUGUGGAUCCAGAUACUUUGACCACAAGGCAAAAGGAGAUGUAUGCGGAAAGAUGCCGCCAGAAACUGGAGACAUAUCUGCAGCAGAUGAUACGCUGGCUGAUCUUCCGGCCGGACAGCACGCGGUUAUGCAAAUUUCUUGAAGUGUCCGCUAUGGCAAUUCGUCUAUCUGCGGAGAGUGGCUACCAAGGCAAGCAGGGUCUGCUCCAAAUUGCUUCUAGGAGGCACCUUGAGAUGCGACGAAAGUUACAACAACUUGGGCGUAGUAGUGCAGUGAGCGAAUUCAAAGAACGUCACAAGCGGCGAUGGUUCUUGGUACGACACAGCUACGUUGUCUGUGUGGAUGGCCCAGAGUCUCUGAUCCCGUACGACGUCUUUCUGGUGGACAGUGACUUUGCCGUCGAGAAGCCAAAGCAGCGCAUACUUGACCAGAAGACGACUCAAGACAUGGCCAAGAUAGCCAAAGAGAAUGCGAAGCCGACGAAGAAGGCCCACAUGUUACAGGUCUACAACGCGGAACGGAAGCUCAAGCUGUAUGCCCGUGAUGAGAAGCAUUACAACCAAUGGAGGGAGUCUUUGACCUCCAUGGCGACCGCGACUGUAUGGUCUCAGAAGCAGCGAUUCAAUAGCUUUGCGCCGGUCCGUAACAACGUCUGGGCGCGAUGGCUCGUGGACGGCAGAGAUCACAUGUGGCAAGUCUCGAGAGCGAUCGAUAAUGCGAAGGACCUUGUCUACAUCCAUGACUGGUGGCUUAGUCCUGAGCUUUACAUGCGUCGACCUGCAGCCAUCAGCCAGAAGUGGCGCUUAGACCGCCUGCUCCGUCGCAAGGCGGAGGAAGGCGUCAAGAUCUUUGUCAUUGUUUACCGAAACGUCGAAUCUGCCAUCCCGAUUGACUCUGAGUACACGAAGGGCAGCCUGCUCGACCUUCAUCCGAACAUCUGUGUACAACGUUCGCCCAACCAGUUCAGACAGAAUCAGUUCUUCUGGGCUCAUCACGAAAAGCUGGUGGUUGUGGAUAACAUGAUGGCGUUUGUUGGUGGUGUCGACCUUUGCUUCGGUCGAUGGGAUGAACCCUGCCAUACGCUCACAGACGACAAGCUCACUGGGUUCGAACUUGAUCACAACGUGCCCAAGGACUCUGACCAUUGCCAAGUAUGGCCCGGAAAGGACUACUCCAAUCCUAGAGUACAGGACUUCUAUCAGCUUGACAGGCCUUACGAGGAGAUGUACGACAGGACCAAAGUCCCGAGGAUGCCGUGGCACGACAUUGCAAUGCAGAUAGUGGGACAGCCAGCCCGAGACGUUGGUCGGCAUUUCGUUCAGAGGUGGAACUAUAUUUUGCGACAGCGUGUCGCUUCACGUCCCACGCCCGUGCUGAUGCCGCCACCCGAGUAUGACCAAGAAGAGCUCGACAGGCUCGGCAUGACCGGCACUUGCCAGGUCCAAAUCUUGCGUUCUGCUAGCGACUGGUCCAUCGGUACCCCCAAAAGGGUAGAGCACAGCAUCAUGACAGCCUACGUCAACUUGAUCAAGACCUCCGAGCACUUCGUCUAUGUGGAGAACCAGUUCUUCAUAACCAGCUGCCAGGUCAAUAACGUCGUCAUUCACAAUACCAUUGGCGAUGCGAUUGUGGAGCGCGCGAUUCGAGCGCAUGAGAAUGGCGAGCAAUGGCAGAUAUGCCUCGUCGUUCCGCUCAUGCCGGGGUUCCAGAAUAGCGUCGACGCCCAGGAUGGUACAAGUGUGAGAUUGAUCAUGCAGUGCCAAUUCAGGAGCAUUUGCCGGGGUGAAUCAUCCAUCUUCCAGCGCUUGACGAAUGCAGGGGUCAAUCCCCAUGACUACGUUCGAUUUUACUCUCUGCGGCAGUGGGGCAAGAUUGGGCCUCAGAAAUGCCUUACAACGGAGCAACUCUACAUCCACGCGAAAUGCAUGAUCGUGGACGACAGACACGUCAUCAUCGGGUCUGCCAACAUCAACGAGAGGUCCAUGCUGGGGUCUCGCGAUUCCGAGGUUGCUUCUAUAGUCACCGAUACCUGCAUGUUGCCGAGUUUUAUGGGAGGUGAGCCUUAUGAAGUUGGCGAGUUCCCGCACACCUUGCGAAAACGCCUGAUGCGAGAGCACCUUGGUAUUGAUGUAGAUGCGAUCUAUCGUCGCGAGCAAGCUGCUGCAGAGCGGGAAGAUCAAGAUGCCGAGAUGCAACGCAUCUACCGGGACGACCACUUCACCCCGUCAAAGGAGUACUUCGAGACGCCGCCCCAGACUCCCCUUGCAUCUGCCAUCAAUAUACAUAAUCUUGAGGCGACAGCGCCUGGCUUUGCUGGAAGGAAGGCGGCAUCUAAUGAAGCGGCCGGCAAUACACGGACCCCUUCCAGCGAAGCGCAAAAUGUGGACCACCACGCACGUGCCAAAAAAGCCCACGAGCAUGAGCUUGACGUUGCAGGUUAUGGCUUCGACAAUAUGAAACAGCUUGUUGAAGCAGGCGACAAUGGUUUAAGGGACACCUUCAUCGAUGAACACGGCCGUGAGGUGUUCCUGAAGAAAGAUGCACCAGACACGAGACGUCUCGAGGAUCGUCAGCAGGAAGACUUAUCCCGGCAACGCAGCGAGAGUAGAGAGCGGAAACUUGAACCUCCCGCUCGUCCUCCCUGGCCCACAGAACGCUUGGAGACACAUCAUCUUGGCCUGCCGACCCGUUCGACGCUACCUGAGCUGCCAGCUCUUGACGACACCGAUAUUGGAGGUCCACCACUUAAGCGUGGCAUGUCCCAAAGCUCUAAGAGGGCUCUGGACUCAUUAACGCGCUCUCUGCGUCGCCCCGAUGUGCAUGAAGACUGCAUGACUGACCCCAUUGCGUUCGGCUUCUACAGAGACAUAUGGCACCUGGUCGCAGAGAACAACACCAACAUCUAUCGCAAAGUCUUUCACUGCAUGCCCGAUUCCGAAGUCAAAGGUUGGCAUGAGUACAAUGAAUGGAAUCUGCGAAAUGAAGCUUUCAUGCAAUCGCAGGGCCUCGGCAAGAGUGAACCACGCAAAGACCAGGGUGCACCCAGCCAGUCUGGACCUCCUGGUGCUGGCGGCACUGCUCCGUCCAGCCCCACCGACGGCUCUUUCCCAGAUGGCAGCUUGAAGUCGAGAGGUAUGUUGUCCGGUCUCGCCUACAAACUGCGGCCAGGCACGAAAGGUAUGAAGGCGGACACGACUCACACCGAGGAGAUGCACGAGAAAGGAAUGCGCGGACAGGAAUCUCCUGAACCCCCGGCGUCAGCAGCAUCUAGCGACCCUACUGCCGUACCAUCUUCUGACCGCACGCCUAUGAGCGAGAAAGAUGCAGCAAAGCUAGGCACUCCGCCACUGGAACAUAAUGAAGAGACACCAAGGCAACUCUCUGGCGACUAUGAGAAGGCAGCUGCUCAGCAGUACGACGCUGACAAGACAGCACAGAAGGACGAUGACCUCUUGAGCAAAGCUCGCACUAUUCAAUACUCUGAUGACAUCAACCAGGCGUCAGAAACAACAGCCACACAAUCUACUCCGAGCACCGGUCUACACCCUACAGCGUCGCGGAAAGGUCGACGCCGCGGCACGACCAAGAGCAGUGCUAGACCACUUCCCGAUGAUGUGCUUCCAAGGGAAGAGGCAGAAGAACUUCUCAACCUCAUCCAAGGCCACCUCGUACUCUGGCCUUACGACUGGCUUGAGAAGGAAGAGCGUGGCGGUAAUUGGCUCUACAGCAUCGACACAGUGGCUCCGCUCGAAAUUUACGACUGA